AUGCCAAGAACUCAAUCUCCUAUAGUCCUCUCACAGCAGAAGAAGGUUCACUUGGACAAGGCAGAGGUUGUGGUCCUCAGGGACCAUCUGGAGGACUGGAGGUCAGUGAAAGGGAAAGAAAGAUCAAGGGUGCUCGUCGCCAUCUACAAGGAAGCAUCACUGCAAGCUCCUACCAAGGACCGAGCCAUAUUGAAAGCUCGGAAAAAAAUUUACAAGCAAUGGUUGCAAAACCAAUCUCGGCGGAAAAAAAAACCCAAGCCCCUCAUCAAGUAUGGCAGACGUUGGACGGCGAGGCAAGUCCUGAUCCAGACUCAUAAAGACCUCAUCCGAGAGGAGACCGGGGAGAUGGCUGGAAGUGAGGAGAUGAUCAGCAAGUGGCCAAAGGCGGCGAAGUCAGUGAUUGAUAGGUUGUCGGCGGAGGAGAGGGAACAGGCGGAAGCCACGGCGGAGAAAUGGAACAAUCAAGCGGCGCCGCCGGAGGUUCAAGCCGAGGUCGCCUGA